AUGGAGCGGUACGCAGGUCGUGUUGCCCUGGUGACGGGCGCCAACUCCGGCAUCGGCGCCGCCACCGCACGGGCGCUGCUCGAGAAGGGGCUCAAGGUCGUCGGCCUCGACAAGAGGAUCGACAUGAUCAAGGCUCAAGAACUGAAGGACGCUCCGGGAAAGCUGUAUCCAUUGCAAGGUGACGUCAGCAGUGAGGCGAGUAUUCUGUGCGCCUUCAAGUGGAUAAAGGAGAAUUUAGGAGGAGUCGAUGUUCUUAUCAACAGCGCUGGAGUUUGCGGAGAAAGCCUUCCAACAACUGGACAGACAGCCGAAUGGAAGCGCAUACUGGACGUCAACGUACUGGGGCUGUCCAUCUGCACCAGGGAGGCCGUCCAGGGCAUGCUGGACAGGGGAGUCGACGACGGCUUCAUCAUCCACAUAUGCAGUAUAUCUAGCCACAUUAUGCCAUUCGAUCCAUUGAUCUCGAUGUACUUUGCCAGCAAGCAUGCUGUCAAGUCUCUGCUUGAAGGGCUGCGGAAAGACUUGGUUGCCAGGAAUAGCAAGAUACGAUGUGGGCAAAUAUCACCAGGACUUGUGAAAACAGAAAUAUUCAAUACCUUGCAAAAGCAUUCGACAGAAGCGCUGGAAAAUAUGCGACUGCCAAUGAUGGAAUCUGAGGACAUGGCGGAUGCAGUUAUCUACAUGUUAUCGCAACCUCCACGUGUUCAAGUCUACGAUAUUAUCCUUCGUCCAACAGGAGAUUUAUUUUGCUGA